AUGGACGAUGCCGACCACGACGCCGUCGAAACUUCUGUGAAUGUAAUGCGUCAACGGUCCGAUGCAGGAACUCGUCAAGACGCCAAGGUUGCUAAGAUAAGGUCAAACCCACGCAAUACAGGUAAGGGAGUCUGCGUGUAA